UCAAUUUCAAAUACAGAGAAAUGCAGAAGUAGCAAAAACAAAAAGGUGUUUUUAGGAUUAUCCCUAGAUUUGUGGGGUGUGGCUGAAUUCAAUCGAAAUGGUACUAGUUGCAGUAGCAGUAAACACACCGCGUGAUUGAGAUUGUAAUAAAGGAAAUGGUAAUUGGGUCGGAGCCCGGUAGCGGGAGCUCCGAUUCCGCGGGAGGAUGGAGCGUGGCUCGCGGGCUGCUGGUGAAAACGCUGGUGAUGAUAGGCGGAGCUCUGCUGCUGAAGCGGCUCACCAAGUCCACCACCCGGUGGGACCACGCCCGCCUCGUUUCCCGUUCUCUCUCCGGCGAGAAGUUCUCCAAAGACCAAGCGGCCAGAGAUCCUGACCACUACUUCAACAUCAGAAUGGUAACUUGCCCAGCAGCUGAAAUGGUGGAUGGUUCUAAUGUUUUGUACUUUGAACAAGCUUUUUGGAGGACUCCUCAGAAGCCGUUUCGACAAAGAUUCUAUAUGGUGAAGCCUUGCCCGAAAGAAUUGAAAUGUGAUGUCGAGCUAAGCUCAUAUGCAAUCAGAGAUGCAGAGGAGUACAAGAAUUUCUGCGAUCGCUCAAAAGACCAGCGACCACUUCCUGAAGAAGUUAUCGGGGACAUUGCAGAGCAUUUGACAACAAUUCAUCUGAAACGUUGUGAGCGUGGGAAACGCUGCUUAUAUGAAGGUUCAACUCCGCCUGACAGCUUUCCUAAUUUAUGGAAUGGAGCAGCAUACUGUACUUCGGAACUUGCAAUUCAUAAAAAUAAUGAGAUACAUGCCUGGGAUAGGGGAUUUGAUGGUGAUGGAAAUCAGGUUUGGGGUCCAAAGGAAGGUCCGUACGAAUUCAAGCCUGCCCCGGGCUCUAGUACCAACGACAUGUUCUCUUCUUUAAAUUUUCCUAUUCAGCAGUCUAUGGAGAAAAGAAUAGAGGGUUCUUUUGUUUUGCAAGAAUAAUCACUUGAUACCUGUAACCAUCCUAUGUAAAUGCUCAAAUUUUUUGUAGCUCAACUCUGUUAAUGGUAUUUCGUUUCAGCUUGCAUCUU